AGGUACAAUAAGGACAUUUGGGAUAAUGUGUUAGCAUGUUAGCAUGUUAGCAUGCUAGUGACCAGAUUCCCUGGUUCAUGAGGUUGUGAGUGAGUUUGCGUGUUGAAAAUAUUCAACAGUUGUGACAGAGCAGAAAUUUUAAUUUAAUUUGACAUUAAAUGUAUCCAGUACAUUUAUUCAUUUUAUAUAUAUCGACACCCUGUUACAAUAAUGGCCCAAAUCUUUUUUUUUUUUUCAGGUUUUUCAGAAAAUACAAAGGAAUUAACCAAAUAUUGAAUAUUAUUUUGUCAAAAACGUUUCUAUUUAAAUCCAUCGCUUGGUGUCUGAAGGGUGUUUACUGAAGGCGGAGCCUCAUCCACCUGUCGCCCGGCAGCGGCAGAGAGUCCGGAUCCAGUGACUCCAGGAACCCGGGCCACAGUUUCACGCGUCCCCACAAGGAACGACCGUGUAAAUACUGUGUUGCCAGGUUGGAGAGGAAUCCGCCUUUUAGACGGAGGUCGCUGUCGUCGCCGCUGCAGCCACAGCGCUGAGGCGUAUUCCUGGAGGUGCACAGGAAGCCUGGUGCGAGGGACGGAAGGAACCGGAUCUGGUUUGAGGGAAGAACACAAGGAGCAGCUGGAACGGAUUUUUGAAAACCAGGAAUUAAACGAGCGACGUAGACGAGAGAAGGGGCGUUUAUUCGUUUAAUUCCCCCACCACUGCACGGAUGACAGUGUGUGAUGGUCGCUGCUCGGAUUAUUAUUGUGUCAGGUGAUCCUCGCUGCUGUGUCUGGAGGCCGUAGCCGCGGGUUUAUUCCCAGGGAAAGAGACGCUUCCUCCUUCCAGCUCUCUCGGGGUUGAUCGCCGGCCUGUGGUGUGGCUGGGAUGAAUCAUCGUCUUCGUUGGGGGGGUCCAGGGAUGCUGUCACUGCCACGGCACCCUUAAAAAUACCACAGACAAAACGCGCACGUACACAAACGCAGCCACCCAGCCAGGCACUGACUCCUUAGCGCCCGUCCAUUCCCCGGGAGCCAGCAUGGAGGAAAUCCUGCGAAAGCUGCAGAAAGACGCGUCCGGCCACAAGCACAAAGGCAUCCGCGAUGCCUGCGUGUUCGCCUGCGAAACUCUUGAGUCUCUGAAUGGAUCAGCCAAGAUUUCCCCGUCACAGCUUCGAGAGCGCUGUCUGCUGCCUCUGCAGAUGGCUCUGGAGUCCAGAAACACCAAACGACAGACUGCUCUCACCGGCAUGCAGAAGCUCCUGUGUGAGGACAGGUUCGUGGGUGGUGUCGGCGUGGAGGUGGAGGUGGAGGUUCUGGAGAAACAGCUGCUCAGCCAGAUGUUGGAGGCCGUCCGAGUCACCCCAUCCCUGCAUGAAGACCUCCAGGUGGAAGUCAUGAAGGUUCUGCUGUGCAUCACCUACUCCCCAAACUUUGACAUUAAUGGAGACUCCAUCCUGCGGAUAGCUGAGGUGUGCAUCGGGACCUACGUGUCCAGCUGUCACCAGCGCAGCAUCAACACGGCAGUCAGAGCCACGCUGAGCCAGAUACUGGGAGAUCUGACCUUGCAGCUACGACACAGACAGGAGGGUGCGGACGGAGACGAGGUGACUGCUCCGCCGCUGCAGAGGAGAGAUAUCUCUCCUACCAGCCAGGCGCUGUGUGAAGACGUGGUGACGGUUCUGACAGUUUUCUGUGAAAAGCUGGAGUCAGUAGACAGUGAUAACCAGCUCCUGCAGCUGCUCUACCUGGAGUGCAUCCUGUCCAUGCUGAGCAGCUGCCCUCCCACGAUGCACCUGUCCAGAAGUUUCACUGACCUCGUUUGGAAGCAGCUGUGUCCAUCCCUGGUGGCGAUCAUGGGAAACCCUGUCAACGAUAAAACCAUCACUUCCCACCACGGCUUCAUCGGGGCUUCGGACCGAGAUCGGCUCUCGGAGAGACUCGGCCUCGGACUCGGCCAGGAGGUGGACGGCUCCAGCGGAGGUGUAUCCGACCAGGGCAGAGGCUCGGGCUGCUCCUCCAGCGCCCCCGCCAGGAUUGCGCCGGUCGUGCGGACGGUGUGUUACAUCGCAGCAGAGCUGGUUCGCCUGGUUAGCUGCGUGGAGUCGAUGAAACCUGUGCUCCAGUCGCUCUACCACAGGAUCCUGCUGUACCCGCCUCCCCAGCACCGCACCGAGGCCAUCCGCAUCAUGAAGGAGAUUCUGGGGAGUCCUCAGCGGCUUAUUGACCUGGCCGGUCCCUGUGUGGUUGAACCUGAAACCAGAAAACGCUCGUUCUCAAAGAGGAAGUCCCACCUGGACCUGCUAAAACUAGUGAUGGACGGGAUGACAGAGGCUUGCAUGAAGGGAGGCAUCGAGGCGUGUUACUCGUCCGUCUCCUGUGCCUGUGCUCUUCUCGGUGCCCUGGAUGAACUGUCCCAGGGCCGAGGCAUCCAGCCGGAGCAGGCUCAGCUCCUCCUCAGACGACUGGAUGAUCUGAAAGACGGAACGGAGUCGACGCGUGAGUCCAUGGAGAUCAACGAGGCCGACUUCAGGUGGCAGAGACACAUCCUGUCCUCGGAGCAGCCUCAGUGGGACCCCGCCUCUUCCUCCUCCAACAUGGCCACCGCCGGGGCCACCGACCGCAGCCCCGACAUCAGCAUCAGCAUCACCACCGAAACGGGGCAAACCACCCUGGACCUGGAGGCGGGGGAUCUCGGCCUGGGUAUGAGCCACACCACUCCAGAGGAGUGCGCGGAGGACGGACGCCUCCCCUCGCCCUCAUCCUGCGUGGGUCAGGAGGGGAGCAAACACGAGCCGGUCCUCAGGCCGGAUCAGGGACGCCAGAGAGAGGAGGGAGGAGGAGCCACGAAGGAGAUGGAGGGAAAAGGAGAGAAAGACAGGGGGUGUGAUUUAGGUGUGGUUCCUCCAGAUGUGGUGCAGAGGAGUCACGGCCUCGUCUACCCCGACAUCACGAACUUCCUGUCGGUGGAGUCCAGGGCCAGGUCGCACCACGGAGGAGGGUCCAGAUACAGUGAGAGCAACUUCAGUAUGGACGAACAGGACUUGUCGCGGACGGAGUUCGACUCGUGCGACCAGUACUCCAUGGCGGCCGAGAAGGACUCGGGUCGCUCCGACGUGUCCGACAUCGGCUCCGACAACGUCUCUCUGGCCGAGGAGGAGCAGCAGACCCCCCGAGACUGCCCGGGCCACCGCUCCCUGCGCACCGCCGCCCUGUCCCUCAAGCUGCUGCGCAACCAGGAGGCCGACCAGCAGAGCGCCCGGCUCUUCGUCCAGUCCCUGGCCGCGCUGCUGCCCCGCCUGCUGGGGCUGGCCACGGCCACCGAGGUGGACCUGUCUCUGCAGAACUUCACCUCCACCUUUUGCUCUGGACUGCAGGCUGGUGGGAUUCACUCUCCAGGUUUCGAAGCAGGCGACAGUCUGAGCUGCCAGUAUCUGAUGAACGCUGACGGCCUCUACCUGGUGUCCUACUACGCUCUCCUGCUCAAUCUCAAACUCUGCUGCUGCGACUACUACAGACGGAGAGCGCUCACUCCCGUCCUCAGCCUGAAGGAGUUCGGGCGUCUGAUCCAGAGCAGCGGGGUCCUCGUGGUCCUGUCUCAGGCCUGGAUCGAGGAGCUUUAUCACCAGGUGUUGGAGCGCAACCUGCUGGCCGAGGCCGGGUACUGGGGCUCCACGGAGGACCAAAAGCUGCCGCUCAUCACCAUGCUGACAGAUAUCGACGGGCUGGGCAGCAGUGCGAUCGGAGGUCAGCUGAUCAGGAGGGCGUCGAGCCAGUCGCCGCUCAGCUGUGACAAGGCUCGCAGUGACACAGUGAUGGCAGGAGCUGUGUUUUCCCGCUUCAUCCUCACGGGCGUAUGGAAGAACCUGAUCGACGUGUUGUCCACGCCGCUGACGGGUCGCAUGGCGGGCAGCUCCAAGGGCCUGGCCUUCAUCCUGGGAGCGGAGGGGGUCAAGGAGCAGAGCCAGAGGGAGAGAGACACCAUCUGCCUGAGCCUGGACGGCCUACGCAAAGCCGCGGCGCUCAGCUGCGCCCUGGGUGUGGCUGCCAACUGUGCCUCCGCCCUGGCCCAGAUGGCUGCAGCCUCCUGUGUGCAGGAAGAGAAGGAGGAGAAGGAUGUAGGAGAAACUGGAGAUGCCAUAACACAAGUGAAGCAGCGCGUUGAGCAGCGUCUGGAGCAGAUCAGUCGUCCUCAGGGAGUCCGUCUCCACACGGCUCACGUUCUGUGCAUGGACGCCAUCCUGAACGUGGGACUGGAGAUGGGAAGCCACAACCACGACUGCUGGCCGCACGUCUUCAGGGUGACCGAGUACAUCAGCUCACUGGAGCACACCCACUUCAGCGACGGCUCCUCGCAGUCGUCCUCCCUGACCACCAUCACCCAGCAGAGCCAGCACGCGGCCCCCAUCGACCUCGGCCUGGAGCUGAGCUGUGAGCCCAGCCCGGAGGCGUCGGAGCUGAGCCUGAGCCAGCCGGUCAUCCAGCCGCUGUCCAUCCAGGAGCUGCUGAGGGAGAGCAGCCGAGGAGGCCGAGGCCUGGACCUGAAGACGGGCAGCCUCAUGACGGGGACCAGCGCCGCCAAGGCCGUGUGCACGCUGUCGACUCAGGCCGACCGGUUGUUUGAAGAAGCCGCUACCAAGCUGAACCUGGUCGGCCUGGUCGGUUUCCUGCAGCAGCUGAGGAAAGCUUCUCAGUCUCAGCUGUUCGACUCCGUCACUGAGACCGGAGACUAUUCUCUGGCAAUGCCAGGUGAGGCCAAGUCGACGCUGGACCGCCGCAGCGCUCUGCAUCUCUUCCGUCUCGGCGAGUCCAUGCUGCGAAUCGUCAGGAACAAGAACCGACCUCUUCUCCACAUGAUGAGGGCCUGGAGCGUGGUGGCGCCUCACCUGGUGGAGGUGCUGACGAUGGGCGAGCUCCAUCUUCACCUGAGUCUGUCGGGCCUUGAGCACAUCUGUCAGCAGCUGUGAGAGAGGGUCCAGACCAGUAAGCCACGUCGACAUGUGAACAUCAGUCGCAUGGUGCUGCUUUAUUUGGCCUCUGAAGAUGCUCCUCUGCUGCAGGUGGUCACGUCGAUAGGAGAGCUGGUGGAGAUGUGUUCCCCUCAGAUCCUGUCGGGGUGGAGGCCUCUGUUCAGCGCUCUGAGGACGGUGCACAGCAGCAAGACCGACACUAAGGACUAUCUGCUGGGAGAAUACUCCAUGGGGAAGUCUCAGGCUCCGGUGUUCGACGUCUUUGAGGCUUUCAUCAACACUGACAACAUCCAAGUUUUUGCCAACGCUGCCACUGACUACAUCAUGUGUCUCAUGAAGUUUGUCAAAGGCUUAGGGGAGGUGGACUUCAAGGAGAUCGGAGACUGUGUCCAUGUGUCCGGUUACAGCUCCACUGACCUCUGCCUUCCGGCUCUCGACUACCUCCGCAAAUGUUCUCAGCUGCUGGCAAAGAUCUACAAGAUGCCGUCCAAGCCAGUGUUCUUGGGGGCGCGGCUCGCCAGCCUGCCAAUGAGAACGCAGGAGCGCUCCAUCAGCAGUGAGGACGGGGUGGACUGCAUCCUCCAGGAGUUUGAUGACGACACGGGUUUGAUCCAGGUGUGGAUUCUGUUACUGGAGCAGCUCACGGCAGCGGUGUCAAACUGCCCCCGACAACACCAACCUCCCACUCUGGAUCUGCUCUUCACUCUUCUCAGAGAGGUCACCAUCAUACCAGGUCCAGGUUUUGGCAUCUUCUCCGCCAUUCAGCUGCUGCUUCCUGUGAUGUCGCUGUGGCUCCAGCGUAGCCACGGCGACCACUCCUACUGGGAUGUUGCGGCGGCAAACUUCAAGCAUGCUAUCGGCCUGUCCUGUGAGCUGGUGGUGGAGCACGUCAACAGCUUCAUACACUCAGACAUUGGUUACGAGUCACUGAUCAACCUGAUGCUGAAGGAUCUCUUCAAGCUACUGGUGGCUUGUGUGUCUGAGCCUGCAGAGACCAUCUCCAGAGUGGGCUGUUCCUGCAUCAGGUACGUGCUGGUCACAGUGGGUCCAGUGUUCACAGAGGAAAUGUGGCGGCUGGCCUGCUGCGCUCUGCAGGACGCUUUCUCUGCUACGCUAGAGCCUGUCAAGAACCUUCUGGCUUGUUUUCAUAGUGGCUCAGACAGUUUUCCCGGAGACGCCUGCGAGGUAAAGGUGGCAGCUCCGUCUCACUCACCCUCGGCCGAAGCAGAGUACUGGAGGAUCAAAGCGAUGGCGCAGCAGGUCUUCAUGUUGGACACCCAGUGCUCUCCAAAGACGCCCAACAACAAGGACGGCUUUGAGCACGCUCAGUCCUGUGUUCUCAUCAUCGAGCUGCCGUCAGAUCAGCAAUCAAACGGACACACUCAGAAAAGGAAAAUAGGGAUCCCGUUCCGGACCAUCGUGGUGAGCCUGCUCUCCCACCAGGUGCUGCUCCAAAACCUCUACGACAUUCUACUGGAGGAGUUCGUCAAGCAGCCCGAGGGUCAGGAAAGGGUCACGCCGGUGACCUCUGACCCCAGCAGACCCACAGCUGGCUUCCUGCGCUACAUCUCCAUGACAAAUUUAGCCAUCAUCCUGGACCUGCUGCUCGACUCCUACAGGACGGCGCGGGACUUUGACACUCGGCCGGGUUUGAAGUACCUGCUGAUGAAGGUGUCUGGUGUUUGUGGAGCAGCCAAUCUUUACCGCCAGUCCGCCAUGAGCUUCAACCUGUACUUCCAGGCACUGCUGUGUGCCAUACUGAGCCAGGCUGACGGCAUGACUGCUCAGCAGGUGAAGAGGAUCCUGUAUGAGGAAGAGGAGGGGAGCUCUGACUCCUCUCAUCCCGGCUCUGCUUCCUCCGAGGACGAAGACAUCUUUGAAGAAACGGCACAGGUCAGCCCUCCUCGUGGCCGAGAUAAGCGCCACCCGUGGCGUCCUCCUGUCCCGUCCCUCAGCGUGCAGCCGCUGGGCAGCGCCGACUGGGCCUGGCUGGUCAAGCGCCUCUACAAGCUGUGUGUGGAUCUGUGCAACAGCUACAUCCAGAUGCACCGGGACCUGGAGAGCACCCUGGAGGAGGCGGCAGUGCUGAGGGGGGGUAUAGGAGGAGGAGAUCACGUCUUCUUCCUGCCUCUCUUCCAGUCUGAGACCUCAACCCCGACGUCAGCGGGCGGGCUUUCAGCGAGAGGGACGCCCUCGGAGGACGGCGGGUACAGGUGUCAGACAACAGACACAACGUCCCCGGGAGACACGCCCACUCCCAGCCCAGGAUUCAGCUCCACAGGCAGCCUGCCACACCACUUCCGGACCGGCAGCGAGAGACGGGACUCCAGCAUCGCAGGAGGAAGCUCGGUGGGAGGAACUCCUGUCAGCUCCGGACCGGGACGGAGGAAGGAAUGGUGGGAGAGCGCCGGAAACAAACUGUACACCAUCGCCACGGACAAAACCAUCAGCAAACUGAUGAUGGAGUACAAACGCAGGAAACAGCAGCAGCAGCAGCCGCAGCAGAGCCACGUCAACCUGUUCAUGAAGGAGCAGGGCCGGGCGUCUGCACCAGGAGGGGUGGGAGGCAUCGCUGAGAGGAGGGCGGCGGGGGAGCCGCAAAGACCACCGCAGAGGCCCCAGCAGCUUGUGGACCAGCAGGGGCCCCCUCUGAGGCACUCUGUCAGUGCGGGGCCAGAGGUCCUGAGACAAGAGAAAAGGCCGCGGUCGGGAUCCACCAUCAGCUCCCACGGCAUCUCGCUGAGGGACUCCGAGGCUCAGAUCCAGGCGUGGACCAACAUGGUCCUGACUCUCCUCAACCAGGUCCUCCUCCUGUCGGACCCCUCCUUCCUGGCGCUCCAGCCGGCGCUCUACCCCUGCCUCAGCCAGCUCUCCUGCCACGUGACCGACGCUCGUGUCCGCCAGGCGCUACGCGAGUGGCUGGGUCGGGUCGGCAGGCUCUACGACAUCAUUAUGUGACGUCGCUGCGAGGAAAGCGUGCAGACUGGUCGGUCAGUGAAGGAUGAGAACGCGUAAAAACAGGAAUUCAGUUUUCUGCAGUAAACUUCUCUGACGCCGUCACUGGAGAACGAGGUUGAUGGAGGGCUCGAUGCUUGGCCAAUGAUGCAAUGCAGUAUGGUGUCGUAUUGUCAUGAUGAGAACAACGAGGGCAUUUAGAUCUUUUAUAUGAAUGAUCAAACAGUAAAUGUGCCAUUUGUGCUCCUGUUCCCUGGUUGAAAACGUUCCUCUCUAGACCCCUGAACAUGCAACGAAACAGACAGCUUUUAAAUGUGAUUUCCUAGUUACAGAACAGCAGAAUCGCUCAUAACUCAUCAUAAAUAAGUCAUCAAAUGCCAAUGCAACUAUCUCUUAAGUGGUAGGUGAUGUGCAUUCGUUAUUUUUCCUUUAUCGUUUUAACACAUCUUUUCUUCUUGGUACCCUGUGAGGUUUCAGUCUUAUUUUCAUUCGCUGCAGUAAUCAGCUGCUGUCCAAAGAAAUAUUUUUACUUUAAUAGUAAUCGUUUCACACCAUCAAUCAUGCACUAUGCAUUAGCGCUCCUUACUCAUGCUAUUAUCCAGAAUAUAGAGCAUGAUCUUAAUAAAUCCAGCUCAUCAGCUCUGUGCCUCCAUGAGCAGUUAAAAACUCCACAGGGUGCCUUUAAGGAACGUAUUAUUAUUUAUUUCCCAACCUGACACAUGUAUUUAUUUCAUUUUUGGUCAUUUAUCAGCACUUCUGGAUAUGACUUUAACUCUCAAAUCAAAUCUUGUGCAAAUUAUACCAAAACAAACCAUAGGAUCAGUUAAGUUAAAAAACUAAACAGAAUAAAUCCCGAUUGAAAUUAGGUCACAGUAUAAAGCUGACGAUGCAACUUAUUUUAAUUAUUUUAUAAUUAGAGGAGCCUCAUACCAUCCAGGAGAGUCUAGAGUACGCUUUGUUUAAUCUGAUUGUAAUGCAAAUGUGCAUCGCUGCUAAAUACUCUGCAGCAUCAUUCACCUGUAACUGAAUGUCAUUAUAUUAUUCACUCACAUCAAAACCUUCUGGAACACACAAGUAUUUAUUUUAAACAAAUACGACAUAUACAGUAUAUCUAUGUAGAUGCCUAAUCUUAUAUUCUUUAUUUUAAUUUUCCCGUUUAAGCAGUAUCUAUACCUGUAUUUAUGUAAAUUAUUUUAAAUAUUUAAGGUGUCAUAUUGAGAAUAUUCCUCUUUUUUUUUAAGGUUUGUUUUCAACACUAAGUACAGUCUGUGCCACACGUUCUGCUGAUUCUGUGCCACUGAGGAGAGUAUUUCUUAGAGUUUAUAACCAUAAUUACGUAAGUAAUGGCAGUGGUGACGCUUCGAGAGAUGCACCGUGUCUUCGACAUCUUAAAUUUCAUAACGCGACCAAAGACGAGUGUAGGAUUCAUUCACAUCUUUUCAUUUAUUAGUUUAAAUCUGCUCAAUCUGAUUUGAGAAAGUAGUGCAGUUGUAGUUUCUCCGAGCCCAAGAUGAUGCCUUCAAGGACUGCUUCCAAUUCUAUUUAUAAUACAUAGGCAGACAAAAUAAAUUAUUACUUUUGAAAACAGAUUAUUUGACUCAAAUCCUCAAAUACUUGAUGAGUUUUCCUUUGGCAGCAACAUCAGACCAGCACAUGAAAUCUAACAAUCUGUGGCUGAUACAUUAUCAUUCAAUAAAUGAACACAGUCCUGCUCCAAAGGCGAUGAGUGACCUGGUGGAUGUCAGUGAAUUCUGUCCUUUAUUCUCGUUACUUUACUUUAAAGACAAUCAGUUUCAUGUUCGAUCUGUGUGUUUAUUUCCAACUCGUCUGUCCUGGAUGCUAAAAGAGCAUUCAAGUAUUUAUAGACAACUGCAACUGCGUAAUUUCAGCCUGAAAAAAUAGUUUCAUUUUAAAUCGAAAACCUGCCAAGUUUAGGAUUUUUUUUUCCUGUUCUUUCUCUGGUUUGCAGCAGCUGACUUCUGUUAACGCUCGUGUGCGUUUUAGGAUGGAUUAUGAGCGAAUGAAUGAAAGAACGCAGCGAUGCUAAUGUGACCAGCUCGGACCAUAUUGAGGGCAGCGGGCAGGUCGGUCGGUCGGGGAGGGGAGGGCUUCUGAAGCUCCCCUAAGAAGGAUUUGCUCUUUAUUUUUUUUCACCCACUUUGUCAACAGCUGAGAGUUUGUCGCUUCAUUCAGUCUUUUGUGACAGAUGUGUUGCUCUCUAGGUUCUCUAGGGCUUCAGGCUCAGUUCAGUUUCAGUAAAUGGUGUUUCUAUCAACAGCGUCAGUUACCUUCAAAGCCAAAGUGAUGCAGGAGAAUUGUAUUAAACAUUGCUUUGAAGAGAUUUGUCAAGUAUUUAUUGAUGCGACAAUCUGCAUCAGUAGUUGUGCAUCUAUAAUUUAAAUUAAUGCAGUGGACGGGGAACAGACUCUCCUCCGCCUUUGUGACAGCGGAUCCCUCCAGACAUCGGAGAGGUCUGUUCCUGCAAAAAGUGGUGGAUGUUUAACUAAUAUCUGAUCGUGCAUUAGUGGCUGAUCUCGUCCUGCAACUCCCUCCAACCACAUGUCGUGAUCUACGGGACUAAUGCUGGGUCCAGACGACACAUGUGCACGACAGAAGUGUUGUGCAUCUGUUUGAACGUUGUAUUUUAUCGCGGUUUACGUGUGCGGGAAGCUGACUGGAAGUCAGCCAGACUCUCCACUGGGUAAUGUUUAGGCCCCCGGACAUGUCGCCAGUCUGUCACAGAAAGACAAACAACCACUCACACUCACAUGCACAGACACAGAUGAUGUGGUGCUCCCAGAGAAAACCCCAUCGUUGUAAUAGCCUUUCAUCCAGAUCAGAUCUUUGAUGCUGUGUGGUGCAGAGGAAAGUGACUCCUGGUGAUGUACAGCACAGCACGGCCCACACAUGGGCCCCCAGUAGCUUUUCAUUUCCUCAUUGAGGCUUCACCUGAGCACACGAGUGUCUGCAUUGCACGCCAUUACCCAAGACGAGGGCCGGGAUUGACUUAAGAGCAUGUGCAGCGUGUUCAGAUCUCAGUUCAACUGCUUUAACCCACCUCCUCCUCCAGGCUGAGAGCAGAAAACAAAUCUUCGUCGCACUAAUUCUUACUUGGAAAUCCAUCUUGCAUGGUCUCUGCUUUGCACUGUUGUUUCCAGGAACAAGCAAUUUUUGCGACUGUCUGAUAAAUGACGAAUGGCGUCGGCUUGUCUUGCCGCUGUGUCCUACAGCCCCCUCCCCCACAGUGUCCCAGACUCUUCCCCGCUCGUCCUUAUUCCCUGUGGUUUGAGGGCGAGCAGCGAGUGGACAGAUGUUGUCAGCCAUCAGUGUGAUCAGCAGCAGUGACGGGAAAGGAUUUAGGUGGUGUUAAGUCUUAAAAAAAAAAAAAGCAGUUGGCUAACGUGUCAUGCAACAGUUCUCCGUCUGCUUGUGUCCCUCACUCUGAUGAUUGUCCUGCUUUUAGUCUCUAACAUCUUCUUGCGGUAGCAUGACAUAAAUCUUUUUGUCAGCGUUUCUGUCUUUUGCAACUAAUGCACAUAUGACACAGAACAGCAGAGAUUAAAAGCUCCUGAACCACUGAAGAUCAUCUCCAUCUCUGGACACUUCAUCUAAGCAGAUUUGAUGCACUUGGGAAAACCUCACUACGAACGAGUGGCCUUAAAUCUGCCCGGUUGCCAUGCGGCAUAUCCAGUCUUUGUUUGAGUUUUAAGCUCUCGCUGCUCUCAGAUUUGACAGCUGCUCCUCAUGUCGGAAACGUCUAAGGACAUUUCUACUAAUAAUUCACAGUAACCAUCAUUUAUAGUUUAUUGAGGGAUUACUGUUGACACUUUGCAGCGUUGUUGGCCUGAUGAAUACAUUUGUGACAGUUCCGUUCUGGAGCUGGGGAGAGAGCGGUGACACAGCAAAGCGGCUUUGUCCACGCUGUCCUGCUGGACGGAGAAAGUCUAUACAUGACCCAGACAUCUGACACACUUUCUAAAUUUGAAGCUCACACAACAAGAGGGUGUCGAAACAAAUGACACAGAGGCCGGAAAUAUCAAACUCACAUCAAGCUGCAUGUCUGGGAAGGUUCUCAGUCAUCCAGGUCACGCUUUAUCUCCGGAGGUCAGAAUAGAGGGAAGCGUUUCUGCUGCUGAUACGAAGAGAUAACUUUAAAUUCUCCAGCGCCAAUGAGCCCAGUGAAGCCACGUUUAUAUCAAAACUGUAACCUUGUUCGUCAUUUCAAGCUUCUGGCUGCGUCUUUUGCCUGAUGCCUUGUGGUCUUGUGGGAUAUGUUUUGUUGAGAUUGCUGAAUACCGCUGAAAAUGAACUAAAGUUGCCGUUUCAGUGAAGAUAACAGAGUUAGUUUGGUCACCAUGAGGAGCUUUGAAUAGUUUUAACCCAUCUGUGGCUCUCGGGGAGUUUUCUAAAGCUUCACACCAACAUGUGUUACAAACUCCCUCUGAAAUGUUUCAGUUUUUACAACUAUUCAAGUUUGUCUCUCUAGAAUUUCUACAAAUUCAUAGUAGUAACGUGUUUAUCAGUAGAAAACCAAAUUCUCCAAGCUUCAUAUAUCUCAUUUAUUUAUUUUUUAAUCCGUCUCAGCCAGGUAUUGUGCAUCUCUGGACCCUGGAACCUGAACCACUGAGGUCGUACAUGUCACAUUAAUCCAAAGACGAGGUGUUUUCUAAAGGUGACUAAUUAUACACGUUGCAGAAAGUUUAAAACCUAAUUAUUGUUCCAGUCAGAGAGGAAGAGCGGUCUGUGUGCCUUUUAAGCGCUACUUUAAACUCACAACUGUUGGAAGCUGUGAACGGUUUGGGUGAGGGUGCUUUCGGAAACUGUAUUAAAAAAAGAUGAAGGUGCAGGAGCCUCCCUCUCUCCCUCUGCUCUGACCUCGAUGACAUCAGCAUCUUGGCUAACGUUGUGACUGUGAUUUCUAAUAGUGCAUUUUUUCUGCUUUUGAUAUCGAUGAAGAGCACCUGUAACAGCCCCCCCCCCGCCCCCCACUCCCUGCCCCCUCCUGCUCUGGCUUUUCUCAUUCCUUCCCCUCGCUCAUGUAACUGCUGAGUGUUUCUAAGCGCUGUGUUGGCAGGCCUGUCUGCUCCGUGUGUUGCACAAUAAAAGCAGUUUGUCCCACACGCUUGUCACCGUGUCUAUAACAUCUGUAACACUGUUCAAAUGUAUCAGGAAGUGACUGUGGAAACAUUUUCAUCCGAUCUAUAGACUCACGUUAUUCACAGUGUCCGGGAUGAACUCUCAAAUUAAACGUGUUUAAAUCCAGACCAAAUUUAAAAAUGUUGAGGUUUUAAUUAUUUGUGGAACCUGUACAGGUCACAUCCUAAAAUCAGAUCAGAAUCAAGCUAGCUAGUGGCUGGAAGUGGUACAAUAUUAACCUUAACAAAAAGAACUGUAUUAGCGUUAACUCCACUGAGAUGUGCAUAUAAAACUAUUUCUUUUAGCCCUAUUAAGCCAGCGUUUCAUAGACCUCUGCACCAUCAACAUAAUCAAUACAUUAUGUUAUAGUCAAACUGUGUUGAAAAGUUGUGUAUCUAAUAAAAAAAAAACAGCAGCACCACAA